AAUGCUUCUUAAGUUUGGUUUCCCUAAGGAGGUAAUAGCCUUAGGUACUACUAGACCGCCUAAGGUUGGGGAAAUAAAUGGUGUACAUUACAACUUCGUGACGGUUGACGAGUUCUUAGCUCUCGAAGCGUCAGGAAAUCUCUUGGAAAGUGGUGUUUAUGAUCAUAACCGAUAUGGAACACCUAAACCACCCCGCGAUGGUCCGACUUUAAUUUCGACUUUACCGGAUGCUGAUACGGCGAAUCGUCAGGCGAGAUCCAGGGCCAGGCAAGGCGAUGCUAGACGGAGACAAAGAUCUCUCGAAAAGGCUCACGGACGUAGUCUAGACGAGGAUGAAGACGAGGAAGAACAGCAGGAGAAAGAUCAGUUAGGGCCUUUACCAUCUAAUUGGCAGAUUGCUCAUACACAGGAUGGCCAUCCUUAUUUUAUUAAUCACGAAACCCAGACGACUAGCUGGCUUGAUCCUCGUCUAUCUGCUAAGCAGACGAAUAAAAAGGAAAACUCAGAUGGCACCAUUGAUGAAGUUUGGCGCGAAAUGAGUUAUUUAAGUCGACGGCAAGUCGUCGACCUACUAGACGCUCGGUCGGAGGAGGCUCCAACUUUUAUUCCAGAUUUGCCAUACGGAUGGGAAAAGGUGUUUGAUCCGCAAUACGGUGUUUAUUAUAUUGACCACGUUAAUAAGCGAACUCAGUAUGAAAAUCCCAUAAAAGCUGCAAAAAAUUUGGCUGAAAAAGGCAAUAAACUUGAACGACGUCCAGUACCUCCUCCAAUUCCUCCACCAGAAAUGAAUGGUAAUAAUAGCCGGAGUGAAACUCCCGAAAUUCCUCCAAAACGUCUCUUUACUCGAGAUCCUAACCAAUUAACCGGUGAAAGGUUUCAAAUAACAUUAACCAAACCACCUAAUGAAGGAUUUGGCUUUACAAUUAUUGGAGGUGAUGGAGAUUACGCCGAAGACUUUCUCCAGGUAAAAUUCAUCGUUCCUAGAGGUGCUGCAGACAGACAGGGAAGCUUGAGGGAAGGCGAUGUUUUAGUUAAAAUCAACGAUAGCUGCGUAUUGGGAUGUACGCACCAGGAUGUUGUUAGUAUGUUUAAAAGACUAGAUGGAACUGUUCAUCUUGAUAUCUGCAGAGGAUAUCCUCUUCCCUAUAAUAUUAAUGAUCCGGAUACGGAAAUAGUAAAAGUAUGCAUACCAGAUAUAAAUAACUCGGACGACAGAGACGCUUAUGUAGUUGGAACGUUAACCGAUAGUGAAAAUGAUGUAAUAACCGUAAAAAUUAUCAAAGGACCUAUGGGAUUUGGUUUUACGAUAGCCGACUCACCCCUUGGUCAACGAGUUAAACAAAUUUUAGAUGCGGGAAGGUGCAAAAAUCUUAAAGAAGGAGAUGUUUUAGUCGCUGUCAAUAAAAUCAACGUAAAGAAUAUAACGCAUUCAGAUGUUGUUGGAAUUUUAAUCGAAUGCCCUAUGGGACAAAUGACAACUUUUGUUGUUCAAAGGCUUCGUUCACCCCAUUCACCGGCUGGAAAUCAUUCGAACGGUAUCACUGAACAACCGGAUAUGGCUCCUGCAAUACCUGUUGGAGGCCGCUUUCAUAAAUACGACGUCCCUCCACCUCCUGCUCCGCCUAGAUCUUCCCAUUCUAGAUCCGCUAGGUCCUCUUUAAAUUAUGGUCGACAUCCGUUGAGAUCGAGGACGCCGGGUCCAGAAUCUACUCGAAGUACUAGCGCCUUAGAUCACGAAAUAAAAAGGUCUAAGACGCCUACACCUUCGCAAAUGCGUUCCAGAACACCUACUUCCGCCACUCCAGAUUUUAUACCAGCUGCUGCUUUUGAACGAAAAGAAAGACCCAUUUCUGAGCACUAUCGCUCAAGAGAGCCAACACCGUCAAACUUGAAAACUUCAGUGUCCAUGGGAGGUAUUAUGAAUCAUCAUGUGACUACUUCUUUCGAAAGGGAAGAGCCAAUGUUACUGAGAAAUAAAAAUCAAACGUAUGGACGGAAAAGGCACGUUGAUUUGACGGUGUUUCUUAAGAGAAACGAAAAUGGUUUCGGCUUUAGAAUCGUGGGUGGAACAGAAGAAGGGUCUCAAGUAUCUGUUGGACAUAUAGUACAGGGAGGUGCAGCAGAUCUCGAUCAAAGAUUGCAACACGGUGAUCAAAUAGUUAACGUUGACGGUGUGGACGUAAUAGGUUCAUCUCACAAAAGAGUUGUAGAAUUAAUGAGCCAAGCGUCUAUAGCUGGACGGGUAGCUUUGGGUGUGAGAAGACAACUCUUGCAAGAAAGCAAAACCUCAUUUAAUGACGACUACUAUCCGUACGACGUCACCGUAACAAGACGUCAUGACGAAGGGUUUGGAUUCGUCAUUAUCUCCUCAGUCGCUAGAGCUGGAAGCACAAUUGGUACAACAAAAGUUAUUUUGAACAAAUAUGUUUUAGUACGUAGAAAUAGGGCUAUACAAGGCUUAAGAAGAAAUAGUUGGACGAUGCCAAGGAAACGAUCGUACGCUGUAGUUGGUCGAAUUAUCGAAGGGAGUCCGGCAGAAAGAGAGGGACAAUUGCACGUUGGCGAUAGAAUUUUAGCAGUUAACGGAAUGGAUAUAGGAAGAAUGCACCACGAACACAUUGUUCAAUUAAUCAAAGAGUCGGGCCUGUCAGUAACACUCACCAUAGGAGCACCAAUGGAUGAUGCUUCUAGUACGACAUCAACAUCGCAAAAAAGUUCGCAAGGAUCUACUUUAAAUAACUAUGCAUCUGCUGAACAUUUACCAGCAUAUAACAACGGAUCUCGACAUCCUCCGCAACAAAUUGUUGAGCGGCAUAGAGAAAUGCUGCCUCCCGAAGAGACAAGUGAAGGAUCCUUCCACGUAAUCGAAUUACACAGAGGAAGUAGAGGAUUUGGAUUUAGUAUAAGAGGAGGACAAGAAUUUAAUUCAAUGCCGCUUUAUAUACUGAAAAUAGCAGACGAUGGAGCAGCCGCUCUAAAUGGACAACUAAAGGUCGGUGAUCAAGUAUGCGAAAUAAACGGCUGUCAUACAGCAGGAAUGACUCACUCCCAAGCAAUUGAUCUUAUUCAAAACGGAGGUUCAAAAUUAAAAUUAGUAAUAAAAAGAACGGGAAGACCGCCACCAAAUAUAGCGCGUUGCGGAACGGAAUUGAAAAUCUUCGGUUAUAGGGAAGCUCUUAUCAAUUAG